UUGAUCGCAGGGAUGUUUGACGACAGAUUGACCGUGAGUCCUCCCUGACAGUAACCGACACGGCUCCCUGUUCAGCGGUGUUCAUCUGUCAGGGAGCAGCAGUUCUCCUCCUCUCCCCGGCAGCGGAGAGGAGCCAUGUGCCCCGCCCCUCCGUGCGCUCCGCCAGCAGACUGCACACGCACCUCACGGAGCGAGCGGAGAAGAUGGCAGAGCGGCAACAACAGAAGCACGAAGGCAGAGUGAAGAUCGGCCAUUACAUCCUGGGCGACACGCUCGGAGUGGGGACGUUCGGGAAAGUGAAGAUUGGAGAGCACCAGCUGACAGGCCAUAAAGUGGCUGUAAAGAUCCUAAACAGACAGAAGAUCCGCAGUCUCGAUGUCGUGGGGAAGAUCAAACGAGAGAUCCAGAAUCUCAAACUGUUCAGACACCCACACAUCAUCAAGCUGUACCAGGUAAUAAGUACACCCACAGAUUUCUUCAUGGUUAUGGAGUAUGUGUCUGGAGGUGAGCUGUUUGACUACAUCUGCAAACAUGGAAGGGUUGAAGACACAGAAGCUCGUCGACUUUUCCAGCAGAUUAUCUCAGCCGUGGACUACUGCCACAGGCACAUGGUGGUCCACAGAGACCUCAAACCUGAGAACGUCCUGCUGGAUGCCAGCAAGAACGCCAAGAUUGCAGACUUUGGUCUGUCAAACAUGAUGUCAGAUGGAGAGUUCUUAAGGACAAGCUGUGGCUCACCCAACUAUGCUGCUCCAGAGGUCAUCUCAGGAAGGCUCUAUGCAGGACCAGAGGUGGACAUCUGGAGCUGCGGAGUGAUCCUCUACGCCCUGCUCUGCGGCACUCUGCCCUUUGACGACGAGCAUGUUCCCACGCUGUUUAAGAAGAUCAGAGGAGGUGUCUUCUACAUCCCAGAGUACCUGACACGCUCUGUGGCUUCGCUGCUGAUGCUCAUGUUACAAGUUGACCCCCUGAAGAGAGCCACCAUCAAAGACAUCAGGGAACAUGAGUGGUUUAAGCAGGACCUGUCAGGCUACCUGUUCCCUGAAGACCCUUCAUAUGACUCCACAGUCCUGGAUGAGGAGGCCGUCAGAGAAGUGUGUGAGAAGUUUGAAUGCACUGAGUCUGAGGCUGUGUCCAGCCUUUACAGUGGAGAUCCACAGGAUCAACUAGCAGUGGCCUAUCACCUCAUCAUAGACAACCGGCGCAUCAUGACCCAGGCCAGCGAGUUUUACUUGGCCUCCAGUCCUCCUCAGGGUUCCUUUAUAGAGGAGGGCAUGCUGUUGCCCCCUGGACUUAAACCGCACCCAGAGAGGAUGCCACCGCUCCUGGCUGACAGCCCUAAGUCUCGUUGUCCUCUGGAUGCUCUCAACACUACCCGACCCAAACCUCUGGCAGUCAAGAAGGCCAAGUGGCACCUCGGUAUCAGAAGUCAGAGUAGACCGUAUGAUAUCAUGGCUGAAGUGUACAGGGCUAUGAAACAACUAAACUUUGACUGGAAGGUGGUGAACCCAUAUCAUCUGCGAGUGCGGAGGAAGAAUCCAGUGACGGGCAACCUGGUGAAAAUGAGCCUGCAGCUCUACCAGGUGGACAGCAGAUCCUACCUCCUCGACUUCAAGAGCAUAGAUGAUGACAUCAUGGAGGCAGUGGGCUUCAAGUCGGGUUCAUCCACUCCACAGAGGUCGGGCUCCACAGCCGGUCUCCACAGACCCCGACUAAGCAUUGACUCAGCGAGCCCUGCCAUCGAUCUGCCACAGCUCAGCUCCUCUCUCCCAGGGUCCCUGUCCGGCAGCAACCCUCUUCUCACCCCACGUCAGGGGUCACACACCAUGGACUUCUUCGAAAUGUGUGCCAGUCUGAUCACCACACUGGCACGCUGAGGCCCGGUGAAUCCUAACCUUCCUGUAAUAUGGAUGCCAGUGGGGUUUUUAAGCCAUUUGCAGAUGUGCGAUGUAGGGAGUGUAGCUUUGUGUGGUGACCUCUCUUUCUGUCUCCUCUCCAUCUCUGUUCCACUUGUGUUUGACAGAGAGAGAGAAGGAGGAGGCCUUCAGCAGAAAGGUAGAUUAUUAUUUUUUUUUUGUUUUGACACAGUCCUUGGGUCAGAAUCAGGCUGAUCCUGGGGGUGGAAUCUCUGAACUGGUGAAAGCCAUCAAAGUGAGUGGUUAGAGGUCAUAGUUCACAGCCGUGUUGGCGGCAGCAAAGGUCAAGUUCACUGUCACUCCUCUCACAAAUCCCCUAAAUCUAGUAACGUCACCCACCAGAAACUGAGCAGAGGUCAGUUUUGCUUUUGAUUUGGACUCUAGUUAAAAUUGACACUAAACAUGUGUCUGGAAGAAUGUUACCAAAUGUAAAAAAUGUAUUUCAGUU